AUGCACCCAAUCGCACUCCCUCUUUCCGUCGCCAUCGCCGCCCUCCCCUUCUUGACCGGAUCCAAUGCCCAGGACGCCUCUUCGACCAUCGACUCUCUUUCCCAAAGCCAAUCCGCGACUUCAGAGUCCGUCUCCCCUUCUGGUAGUUCCGUCGCGGGCGGUGCUGGCGGCUCCCAACCAGGAGGGUCCUCCAAUUCCCAAUUCCAGCUUCAAGAAUACCUCACAUUCUUGAACGACUCCGGCUACAGCUCCCUCUCGAGCGCCAUCCAACAAGCCAACGAGACGGAGAGCGGUCAGCAAUGGCUUUCUCAGCUCUCGGAUGGUAGCUGGACUGUGUUUGCACCGACCAACGAAGCCUUCUCUUCUGUUCCCCAAGAAGUUUCGAGCAAUGGCACCGCGCUCGCCGACUACCUUUCUUACCAUUACGUCUAUGGUGACUUGCGACAGGGUGUCGUCGGUACGCCACUUAACGGCGGUGGUGGAGGCGGGGGUGGCUCCGGCGUUCCACAGUCCACUUGUAUCAACCAACUCCAAGGCGGCGGAGGUGGUGGUGGUACAUGCCUGACUGGUACUCCAACUGGCACCCCAACUGGCACCCCCCAAGGUGGUGGGGGCGGCGGUGGGGGCGGGGGAGGUACUGGCGUUCCUCAGUCAAAUUGUAUCAACCAACUUCAGGGCGGCGGCGGAGGUGGAGGCACAUGUCUGACUGGUACCCCAACUGGCACUGGGCGAGGUGCUCCUACUGCUGCUUCUGCACUCAGGGUAUUCCCCCGACAACAAGGUCAAGGCGGAGGUGGCCAGGCUGGUGGAGUAGGUGGUUCAUGCACAUGUCUUACUGGCACUCCGACUGGCACUGGUCAAGGUGCUCCAACAGUUCAGGCAGUCCGCAGACAACAACAACCCCAGGGCGGUCAGGGCAACAUCCAUCUCUUCUCCAACGUCUAUCCCAACGACACCAUCGGCCGUACUCUUCUCAACUCCCCUCAAUUUGUUCGCCUCGAAGGUGACAAGAACCAAGUCUUGGCUUGGACUCGCUACCAACCCAACGGAAAUGUCACAGUCCUCAACCAAAUGUCACAAAAUGGUAAUUUGACCGUUGGCAAUGGCACUCGCUGGCGCAACUUGAACGUCUUCGAAGUCAACGGCGUCUUCAUCCCACCCGGCAACGUUUCCACCGCCCUUACCGCUGUCGGCGACGCACCUCUCGUUUCUGUCGCCAACCAAGUCCAGGUCCCAGGGUCGGAUGGAUCCAACACUUCCGCCAUCGAAGCUCUUCAACAAACCCGCGGUUUUACCCUCUUCGCUCCAGCUUCUGAGGCGUUCACCUCUCAGGUUAACGAGACUAUCCAAGGCAUUCAGGACGAUCCUUCCGAGUUGCUCGCCGUCUUCCAGAACCACUACGUGAACGGCUCGACUGUCUACUCCCCCACCCUCCGAGAAUACGCCGCCAACAGCACUGGUAAUGACGACGACGGUGGCAGCCCACAUCUCACCAGCGCCGCCGGGCAGUACUUCACCUUCUCCACCAACGACACCGGCUUGUACGUCCGCGUCAGCGACGACACCACAGCCCGCAUCAUCCGACCCGACAUCUUGACCGAGAACGGUGUCAUCCACCUCGUCGACACCGUCCUCCUCAGCACCGACGACAACUCGGGUGUGGCGAGUUCUGCUUACGCUUCAGCCAGCUCUGCUGCUACGGAAUCUUCGACCGACACACAGGCCAUCAUCUUCCCCGUGCCCACUGGCGGUAGUCAGAUGUCGGCUUCGGAGGGCCAGUCUAUGACCUCGUCCUCGAUGGAGUCGUCUGCCACAUCUGCCACAUCUUCUGAGGCGGAGCAGACUUCGACCUCGACUACGAGUGAGACUGGUGGUGGUGGUGGUGGUGGUGGUGGUGAGACUUCGCCUACUCCUUCAAGCUUCCGUGUGCGACGAGCAUUGGAUGCUUUGGGUGCUUAA